ACUAUGUCUUACGGAUCUACCCUCGGAGUUAAGUCCUCCGGGACAACGGACAAAGACUUCGAAGACAUGAUUAAUCUCAUUAAAAGUCAUAUCAAGCAAAUAAACAACGCGUCGAAUAAACUUAAUAAAAGUAUGUCGUCCAUCGGCACGGCCAGAGAUACAGCGAACUUCAGAGAUGAACUCAGAAACCUAAAUUCCCAGACAAAUCUUGUUAUCAAAGACACCAAAAGAAUGCUAAUAGACGUUGAAAGAAAGUUUUCUAGCGAGCGCAGCAAAGUUAUUUUGGCUGACAGAUUGUCAAAUGAUUUCAAACAAGCAUGUGAGAAUAAUGCUAACAUCCAGAAAAAAGUUAUCAGCACUCUUAAAAUGACGCUGAACAUGGCUGCAUCGGACGGUCAUGGAAAUUUAUACGAAAUGACUAGAGACGAGGCGAACAACGAAGUGUCGGUACAAGUGUACGCGCAAUUACAAGAGAGGGCACAAUCAGUGGAAGUCGAUUCUGCUCUGAUUGCCGAAAGAGAGCAGAGAAUAAAUCAACUGGAGCGAGACAUGUUGAUGAUAAAUGACAUCAUGCGUGAUGUUGCAGAUAUGGUGCACGAGCAGGGCGAAGUCAUUGAUGACAUUGAAGCGAACGUAGAGCGAACACGCGGACAUGCUGAACAGGCAAAUGAGCAGCUUAUUCAGGCGAAGAGGUACCAGGCCAAGUCGCGCAACAAGUUGUGUAUCGUUUUAGUUAUUCUGGCAGUAAUCGCAGCUGUGCUUGUUUUAAUCAUAGUACUGUCCUUGAAAUGAUUUGCUUUAGGCGCUCUUUAGCAAUAAGUGGUACACCUGAGUGAAUCUCAAAUUUAAACACCUCGAAACUAAGCGACUCCUAGUUUUGGUAACCGAUCUCAAU